AUGCUAGCUUCAAACUUUCUUCUUUAUUUGAUUGUGAUUUCAUCUUCAGCUCUGUCCUUCAUACUUUGCCGGAGAAAGUCUGUCUUCAACCGGCUACCUCCUGGACCAACAGGAUGGCCAAUUCUGGGCAACAUGUUGGAUCUCGGAACAAUGCCGCACCAGACACUUGCGGGGCUAAGACACAAGUAUGGGGACGUGGUGUGGCUCAGGCUCGGUGCCAUAAAGACCAUGGUUAUUCUGUCCUCUAAGGCUGCUGGUGAGCUGUUCAAGAACCACGACCUCUCUUUUGCUGACCGCAGCAUUGUGGAAACAAUGCGAGUUCAUGAAUACAACGAGGGGUCCUUGGCCCUGGCACCUUAUGGCCCAUACUGGCGGACGUUGAGGCGUCUCGUUACGACCGAUAUGUUCGCAGUAAGGCCGAUUAAUGAGACAGCCAAUGUGCGUAGAAAAUGUGUGGAUGACAUGUUGUUAUGGAUAGAAAAGGAGGCGCUUGGGGUGGAUGGAGAAGCGUCUAGUGUUCACGUUGCGGAAGCUGUCUUCCUCGCCAUAUUCAAUAUGCUAGGAAACCUUAUGCUAUCACGGGACCUGUUGGACUUGCGAUCCAAAGAGGGUUCGGAGUUUUUCACCAUAAUGAGUAAUCUAACGGAGUGGUCUGGCCAUCCUAAUCUGGCUGACUUUUUCCCAUGGCUUGGAUGGCUGGACCUACAGGGACUAAGGAAGAACAUGGAGCGUGACCUAGGAAAAGCUAUGGAAAUGGCUUCUGGAUUCGUCAAUGAACGCAUGAAAAAACAGAGGACGGAAGGGACCAAGAAGAAGGACUUUCUGGAUGUGCUGCUGGAGUUUGAAGGAAAUGGUAAGGACGAGCCCGCUAAAAUCUCAGACCGCGACGUCAAUAUAUUUAUACUGGAAAUAUUUAUGGCGGGAUCAGAAACCAGUAGCAGCAUUGUUGAAUGGGCAAUGACGGAGCUACUACGCAACCCCAAAUCAAUGUCGGAGGUGAAAGAUGAGCUUGCUCGAGUAGUCCGAGCAGAUAGGAAUGUUGAAGAGAGCGACAUUGAUGAGCUCCAAUAUUUACAGGCCGUGGUGAAAGAAACGUUACGAUUACAUCCUCCAAUCCCAUUCCUAAUUCCACGGAGUGCAAUUCAAGAUACCAGCUUCGUGAGGUACCAUAUACCAAAAGAUACUCAAGUUCUUGUGAAUGCUUGGGCCAUCGGAAGAGACCCGGGUUCUUGGGAAGACCCAUCAUCUUUCAAGCCUGAGAGGUUUCUAGACUCCAAAAAAAUAGAUUAUAGGGGACAAAAUUUUGAGCUGAUCCCAUUCGGUGCAGGGCGAAGGAUUUGUGCAGGGAUUCCAUUAGCUCAUCGAGUGCUGCACCUUGUUCUGGGGACGUUACUUCACCAUUUUGACUGGCAACUCGAGGGCAAUGUCCCCCCCGAGACCAUGGACAUGAAAGAGAAGUGGGGGUUGGUAAUGCGCAAGUCUCAGCCAUUAAAAGCACUACCUAAAAAGCUUACAUAG